AUAUUUGGGUCCUUUUUCUUUCUCCCAGCAAGCGAAUGAAAAAAGGCGUGACAGGGAUCUUCUACGCGAUCAGCGAGCAGCAGGAGCGAUCGAUCCUCCUCCGCCACUACUCCGUCGCGCCUGCGCUCCUUCGCUACUUCAGCUCUAAGGGAUCGGCCUCCUCCACCGGCGAGACGCACACGCCGCCGCCAUCGGUGAAACCCAGUAACAGCGGCAGCGCUGGCGGCGAUGGCACUGCCAAGCCUGUGCUCUCACAUUACUGGGGGAUCGUCACCAAGAGGCCGGUUCGCGAGGAUGGCAAGGCUUGGCCUUGGAAUUCGUUCAGGCCUACCGAUGCUUACACUCCAGAUGUGAGCAUUGAUCUCAAAAAGCACCACACUCCACUGUCGUUCGUGGACAAGUUCGCCUACUGGACCGUGAAAGCGAUGCGUUUGCCCACAGACAUUUUCUUCCAGCGACGAUACGGCUGCCGAGCGAUGAUGCUCGAGACUGUCGCUGCGGUCCCGGGGAUGGUCGGGGGGAUGCUGCUGCACUGCCGCUCGCUUCGCCGGUUCGAGCACAGCGGGGGAUGGAUCAAAGCGCUGCUGGAGGAGGCCGAGAACGAGCGCAUGCACCUCAUGACUUUCAUGGAGGUGGUGCAACCAAAGUGGUACGAGCGAGCGCUGGUGUUUGCGGUCCAGGGCGUCUUCUUCAACGCCUACAUGGUGUGCUACAUCGCCUUCCCCCGCCUCGCGCACCGCAUCGUCGGCUACCUCGAGGAGGAGGCAAUCCACUCGUACACCGAGUACAUCAAAGAGAUCGACAAGGGAAACAUCCCAAACACGCCGGCGCCCGCCAUCGCCAUCGACUACUGGAGGCUGCCAAAGGACGCCAAGAUCCGCGACGUUGUCCAAGUUGUCCGCGCCGACGAGGCUCACCACCGGGACGUGAACCACUUCGCAGCGGAUAUUCAUCUCAAAGGCAAGCAGCUGCGAGAGGCCCCCGCUCCACUAGGAUACCACUGAGGAUCACUGGAGAUCGCCAUAGCCAAGUAAAACAAGGUCAGGACUUUGCUAUCUUCUGCAAGCUCGUUUCAUUUACUAGAAGUUUCGAUUUGCUUUCAAGAGUGUUGCUUUCUCUGGAAACCAUUUGCUCAAACGUUUUCUUCUUGACAGCGUUUGAGCAGAAAGGCUUCCACUGUCAUGCCCGGUCCAAAUGCCACAAGAGCUCCCCACCGGCAUGGAUCUUCGCCACCUUU